UCUCCAGAUGAUGCUCAGCGCAAAAGACGCAGAAGAACUGCUUUUACCAAUGAGCAACUUAAUCGUUUAGAGGAGUCUUUUGAAGAAGAAAGAUUCCCAGGAAUCCAAAUACGGGAAAAACUUGCGCGGGAGCUUAACAUAGGCGAGGGCAGAAUCCAGGUAAGGUUUGUGCAACGUUAAAAAUCGUCACAGAUAAGCUAUUAGCGUUGAAAUUUUAAAAUGAAAUCUUAGAGUGCGUGACCAUAAUUCAAAUGGAGUCUCUUCAGCUGUACUUUCACGUGUUAGUAUUUAUUUAGUAGUAGUUCUAAUAUAACUCUUCAAUCUCUCGGUGAAAUCCCAUAGUGCGACUAUUUAAUUAAAUGAAACCUCUUAAGCCGGUACUUCACAAGGUAGUAUUUAUUUAAUAUGUAGUUCUAACUUUUGAGUCUGUGGAUGAAAUCCUAUGGUGUGACCAUUCAUAUUCAUCUAUGCUAUCACACGUGGAAAACUCACAGUGGUGAAUGUUUGCUAUUUGAUGACUUAAGUAUAAUGUAUGGCUAUAAUCCCGAAGAUCCUAAAAGGCAAAUCCUUAACUAUUAUAUCCUUCUUGGCAAGAGACAUAUCUUCCUGCAAAGGAGCGAAAUUAAACCCCCAAGCUUUGAUCACUUUCUUGAAUUCGUUAAAGACAAGUUAAUUGUACAAAGAUCGAUUUUUUAUUCCAAAGGACAAAAAGCAAAAUUUCUUUCACAAUGGAAGCCUCUCCUCUCCUUACUGUAAAUGAUUAUAAUCUAAUCUACGUAUGCGUGAAGCAAGCCUGGUUGCAGUGUAUGUUGUAUUAAUCGUUGGAAUCUUAAUUCUUAAUUGUAAUUUUUUGUAACCUUAAAUUUUGUAGUGAAAGUGUGGUAAGUGAUGUAGUGGUAAUAAAGAUCUCUGUUAAUAAGAAAAAUAAAAAAAAUAAAAAAAAAAAUCUAUGCUAUCACACGGCAGAAACAGGUUUUCAAUAUUCUACGACCUAGUAUUAUUUUGGAAUUUAGCAUUUUUUGCUUGGUAACCUUUCAUUUCAUUGUUUGAAGAGGUUAGUUGCGUCUUAGAUGAUGCCUUUACUAAAGUUUUAUUUUCACUCCUAGGUUUGGUUCCAAAACCGCCGUUCAAGAUGGCGCAAGAGCUUGAAAAAUAAGCCAGCCAAAGACCUCAGAAAUGACGUUAGCAUCUCAACCAUGUUCCAGCCGUCACUUGCCAGUUUCCAGCUGCCCAUGCAUCCGACGCCCUUCAGUUCACGUGAGCCAUUUUUCCCGCCAUUUACCACCAGCCCGUCGUUCAUACCGUUCUAUGAAAACAUGGCGCCCGUCGCUUCACAAGGUUCACAAACUGUCAGUGUAAUGCUUGGUCCACGUGUAUCAGCUUCUGUGAUCCCCCCGUUCAGUUGCAGUGCUUCGCUCCCGUGCAGUUACAGAGAACAGUUCCAAACCUCUUGCUUGAAGGAACGCUACUCGCCCGAUGAUUAUUUAGCUGCAGUUACUUUGGCCAGUGGCUUUCAGCGCGAGAAUUAG